AUGCCUACGUAUGCCAAGUUCAUGAAGGAUAUCAUUUCAAAGAGGUGUACCACCGACACUAACCCAAUUAUUCUAACCGAAACUUGUAGUGCUAUUUUGCAGGUUAUGAAGAUUCCGAUAAAGAAGAAGGAUCGAGGAGCUGUCAUUAUCCCAUGUACUAUUGGAGAUAGGUCGUUCAACAAAGCUCUUAUUGAUCCGGGAGCUAGUAUGAGUCUCAUGUUGUUGUCUAUUUACAAGAAGCUUGAUAUAGGGGUUGUGCAAGAUACCAGGAUGACACUCCAAUUCGUCGAUCAUUCGGUCAAGAAACCGUAUGGCAUUGUCGAAGAUGUUCUGGUGAAAAUUGAUAAGUUUGUAUUUCCGGUGGAUUUUGUAAUUCUUGAAAUGCUGGAAGAUGAAGAGAUCCCUCUCAUUCUGGGGAGACCCUUUUUGGAGACGGGAUGGUGCUUGAUAAACAUAGAAGAAGGAACAAUGACGCUGAAGGUUUAUGAUGAGGAAUUGAAAAUCGAUGUUCGAAACACUAUGAGGUACAAGGAUGAUAUUUGUACUAGUCAUACUAUAGAGGUUAUGGAUCAGGUGACGACAUAUGAUAACCCUUUUCAUACACCCCAAUCACCUUUCGAAAGAGUGUUAGGUUUGUCCAUUUUCGAUUCGGAUAAAGAGGUGGACAACGGGGAAUCUGAAGUGCUGGCUUUGUUGGACGCACAAACCCCGUGGAAAGGAUCUCGACCACGCCGGUGGGAGGAUUUACGCCUACCUCAAUCUAGUGAGGAGAAUGAAGAACCUAAGAAGGAAGCAGAGUUGAAACAACUUCCUGACAAUCUCAAAUAUGUCUUUCUCGAACCUGAAGGAAAAUGUCCUGCUAUCAUAAACUCGAGCCUUCAGAAUAUCCAAGAAGAAAACUCAUCCAAGUCUUGA